AAAACGUCACAACACACAACAAUCGCUUUGUUUUGUUUUUCCCCUGUUCAUUCUUUGUUUGGAUUAAUCAGCGAAAACGUAAAACCGACCGCAAACCGGAUUGCCAUGUCCGGUGCAGCAUCCGGCCUGUCUUCCUGUGUUCUGUAACGCGUUCCUCGGUUCACAUCGCAGUACUGUGUGGCCUUAUCGAAACUAGUCAAUUCCAAUCGCUUGUCGCAGCUUAGCUAUCCGUCCACUAGUCAGCCAGUCAGUCAGUCAGCGCACAUACAUUCUCCGCGAUGGAGUUGUUACAGCACGAAAACCGUCUGAUUCAGCUGCGUGCCAAAUUAAACGAACGUGGCAUAAAGCUAUGGGAAGUGCCAUACUUAACACCGGAACGUCAAAGCCAUGAGGCGGAAGUGCUCAAGCUAGCCGUACAGCUUGGUCCCGAGCUUGGCAUAUCGACGGAGCUGUGCCUCGAGGGGCUAACAGCGCUGCAACGCAAUGCACUGGAGAAACUGCAGGCGAAGGAUGAGUUCCAGAAGACGGGCAUUGCUACGGUUAGAAUCCGAGCGCCAACACAGACCGGUUCGAACCGGGAGUUUGAUUUGAAGGUGAAGAUUACGGAACAGGGCAGCCAUCUGUGCGAACUGAUCGGUCAUCGGCUUUCGUUGGAUGCACGCAAGAUAAAACUGGUUUGUUCGGGAAAAAUUAUUAGCGCUUUGCACCCGCUGCAAGAGCAAAAGGUGACGAACGGUUCCACAGUAAUGGCGCUAGUGCUGGCACACAGCGAGGAGGAAGCGAAACGAGAAUGUUCCACGUACGAUCGUGUGCACAAGAUACGCACCGACGCUGAGAUGCUGAUAAACGAGAAUGAUAGUUCGAAUUUCUUAAGCCUUGAGGACCAAUCGGGAAACGCGAUUUAUCUUCCCAAAGACGAGAAAAAAUCACUCCUGAUGGCGCUUACACUGUACGAGAAAGGCAAAGCCGCCAUGAAGACAGGCAAUUUUGAGGAAGCGCUUCUUCUGUUGCUGGAAGCGGACCAUGACUUCCGGUCGUGCAAUUCUCAGCUGCUGGACGUCGUCGAUAACUACGCCCUGCUCAAUCUGGACAUUGUCUGGUGCUACUUAUGUUUGAAGAAUCUAAACCAACUGCCCGACGCGGAACAGAGACUCAAGGUGUGCGAGCUAAAGUUUCAGCAGAGCUACGGCAAGAAUAUGCAGCGCGUGACAGCCAUCCGCGGCGAACAGUCGAACGAAAAGAUUCUGCUCGUGCGGCUCCAUCUGCUGAAAGCGGUCCUGUUUUACCACCAGAACAAACGGGACGACGCCCGCACCAUGUUCCGCGUGGUGGAAACGGAACUGCUGAAGCUUCGCAUCGAUGACGACUGUCUGAGCCGGCUGAUGGAGUGCGGCUACUCGAUGAAGGAAAGCCGCAUAGCGUUGCGUGCCUGCUCGAACGAUGUGGAAGCUUCCAUCGAGUUCAUUCACAACCGGCGCCAGACGCGCGAAACGAACGAAAAGCGAUCGGUGCGCGAACGGAAGCUUUACAAAGUGAUCGAUCACGAUGCCUCGGCCGGCGAGCGCAUCAAGCUCGAGCUUGUCGAUCAGCUGAUGGAGAUGGGCUAUCCGGAGGAGUUGGCUGGGCUGGCGUUGAAGAAAAGCGCUAACGACAUCAACGGUGCGCUGAACGAGCUGGAAACGAAUGGCGCAGGUUUGCAGAAGGAGCUGCUGCGUACGGUAUCGGUAGACAGAGAGCUAAGACAGCAGCUCGAGACGCUUGGGUUCGAUGGGGAAAUAGCGAAGCUAGCGCUCAAGCUGAUGGCAAACGAUUACGAUCGUGCCACCAACUAUCUCCUAGCGAACGUACAGAACGGUCGCUACAGUGAGGAACUGCUGUGCGCUAUUGCCGACUGGAACCGGACGAAAGCUGCAGGCAAGCCAGCCGCUGCUGCAGACACACCGAGCUCAUCGGCCGAUGGAAGACCAUCGACAAGCAAAGGCACAGCCAAAAGCUCCACGCCGGAGGAAGACGACGGCGCUCAGAGGGAAGAGAAAAAGCGCAAAAAGGAAAUGCUUGACAUACUGUUCAAGAGCUUCUCGCAGGACAUACGGACGACGGACGAGAAUUCCCAUUUGGAUUUGCAGCUCGACGAGGAAGGAAAGCUGCUGGAGCAGUACAAGAAGCUGCUCGGCAUGGACACGGACCAAUAGGUGCCAAUAUAGGUGUAGUAGGAAGGGUAAAGGUAGCGAUGUUAAACACGAGUAGCCUUUUUGUAUUUUUUUUAAAUAGAGCCUACUUGAUGCGGCCUUCCAUAUGAACGCAUACUGACCCAAGAUCAUAAGGCGUAAGGUAGAAUUGUUGUAUUUUGUCCAUCGUUUCACCGUUUCGGAAAGGGAGGUUAUGUCUUCCGAGCACGCAAGUCGCAACGGUUGGAAUGAAGUCCACUUAAAUCGGACGACACACCACUUGUUUUAUUCUUUAACCAGAGAACGUGCGUAUUUAAAAUAAAAUGGACUGAUUUAUGAUGAAAAUAUAAA